GCUAGCCAGCUAACGCGUAAACGGACUGAAGAGCUAGCGAGCGUCCAAGAAAGAUAUUUAUCUGAACGGCUCGCGUUAGAGAUAUUAAAUAACAGCAUUAUAAUAUGUAUCGAUUAGAAAUUAUAUAAUGUCUGAACUGGUUGUUAGCCUGUUAUCCACCUAUUCAUAUGUAUUACUCAGAUAGGAGCGGAUGAACUGACUCGCUAACGAAAUGUUGCUAAGGGCUUAUUGAACAGCGUUAGUGUUACUGUGUGACAGGGGACGGUUUAAAGGGUUACAGGGUUGAACAAAACAGACUCCUUCCCUAGGAUGGACAAUUACUUCAAAGCUGCUGUAUGUGACUUGGACAAACUCUUGGAUGACUUUGAGUUAAACACAGAGGAGGCUGAGAACACGUCUACGACGUUCAUAAAUUCUGCAUGCCAGGACCCAGCCCUCUUUUCCCAGUGCUUUAUACCUGAGCCAUCCACAGUUUCACAUCCUCUCCCUGAUGUAAAUUCUCUCCAUUAUGGUCCAUCUGCACCUGUUGUUUCCCCUGACCAAAGAGAUCUAGAUACAAAAGGGAGGGUGUUGACUGGUGUUGACCUCCUUUCUUCUGUUGAUAGCAGAGCUUCCAAAAGCUUGACUCCUUCUUGUCCAGAUAGAUCUUUAAAACCUAUAUGUGACCUUGUUAAUGAUACAGGAUCAGCUAGUCACCCACGCACAAACAGUCACGAUGCCUUCAAAGAGAUAGAAGUUGCUGAAAAACAGCCUGAGGAGGGGCUUCUCGUAGACUUUGAUGCUCCAGCUGUUUUUUAUCCAGAGAACAUAAAGUCUGGGCAUGAUGACUUACAGGGGCUGGUUGAUGGUGGCCACUUUGAUGGUCCCUCAAACUGUUUUAGUUUACUGGAUAUUAUAUUGCCUGCGGCUGUGGAGAAGACUGCUGUACCUCAGAAUAUUUCAAAUGACCUAGAGCCUUUAGAUAAUAAUGAGGUUGAGGUGCCUCAAAGUAGCUGUCCAGAUUUGUCUAAUUCAUCUGAACUUCAAAGCAACUCCCAGUGCACUUUAGAACCUGAAAAAAACCCCGACAGCCUAAUUUCUUCAAGUGUAACAGAGAAGGACACUGCAGCAGUUGCUGAUAUUAGUACAAAUUUGCCUAAUGUACCAGAAAAGGAAUACUCUGUGGACAGCAGUAAUGGGGACCAUGAAAUCACGACAGCCAUUCCCACCAGCGAAAGGACAUCUUCACUAUCCUGCCUCCCCAUGACCGUAUCCAUUUGUGGAUCUCUUGUGGCCUCUUUAGACCAGGAGACAAUGGUGGUUGAAACCAAAGAUAGCACAGAAAUCCCUCCUUCUGAAUCUAAAGACACCCCAGUCACUGAAGUCACUGAGGAGAUUAAGAACUUCAUUGUUCCAUCUGAAGAAGCGUCCCUAUGUCUUAGCCAACCGGAUUUCUCACCUGAGGAUGAUCCUGAGCUGGUGCAAAUAAUGUCAAAUCCUGCAGGGGCAACAACUCAUACGGCUUCUCUUUCUAAUAGAACGUUUGAAUGCAGCUUAACACUUUCGGAGAAUUUAACCUCUAGGGAUUUGCAUGAGAGUAGCCAAGCUUCCAGCAAUCCACAGAGCCCCGAUUACCCUGUAGAAUUUGAUUUUGCCAGUGAUUACCUUCCUGAAUGUGAGCAAAAUAUGAUGAUGGUAACUGAUGAAGAACUAGAUGCUUAUCUGAUGGGUGAGGGGCAAAGAAACAACUCUGAGAUUUCCGCUGAGAAAUUUGUAGAUGAAGGAUUUUCAGAAUUAAACGGGGAUUUAGGGGGAGAGUUACGAAGCUGCCCAGUUGAUUCAUUUGCCUCACCUGAAAGUGACAGGUCUCUUCGUUUUUUAGAUGAAAGCGAAGGUUCCAAUGUUUCUUCUUCAUCACAGGAGAGUAGCCCCCUGAAACCAGAAACCACACAAAUGGAUAAUACGGAAGCCACGCCAAGUUUGACUGAUGUUCAGUCAGUUGGCAAUGCAAACCAGUCUCCGUGUUAUGGUGGAGCCCGACCAAAGCAGCUGUCCAGCCAAAAUGUAAGACCAUUUCCACCACAAGAAGGGCAGAAUAGCCGAUCCGAAGAGAAUAUUUCGAGUUUGGAAGAGGAGAAGGUCUCGUCUGUUAUUCCCAUAUCAAGACAACCUUCCAAUCAUAGCAACAGUACCUUUGAAUCUACCAGUAAUAAUGACAUCUGUGAUCACAAUUAUGGUCAUGAUGAGCUUUCGGAGCCACCACCUUAUCCAGGGGAUAUUUCUGAAGAAGCAGUGGAUCAGUCAGGAUCAGAGGAGACAGGCCUUGGUUUGAGGCAGCCGCCCUGGGUCCCUGAUUCUGAGGCACCUAACUGCAUGAAAUGUGGCCAAAAGUUCACUUUUACCAAGAGGAGACAUCACUGCAGAGCAUGUGGCAAAGUAUAUUGCGCUAUUUGCUGCAACCGUAAAUGCAAACUGAAGUACAUGGAGAAAGAGGCCAGAGUUUGUGUGGUCUGCUAUGAAACUAUACAUAGAGCUCAGGCCCUUGAGAGAAUGAUGAGCCCUACCGGGCCUAGUCCGAAUCCUAACGUCCCAUCCGAGUACUGCUCCACAAUUCCUCCCAUGCAGCAGGCUCGAGCAGCAGGCACCCUCAACUCCCCACCCCCCACCGUCAUGGUGCCAGUUUCUGUUCUUAAGCAUCCCAGUAAUGAUGGAUUCCCAAGAGAACAGAAGCAUGUCUGGUUUGCUGAUGGAAUACUGCCUAAUGGAGAGGUGGCAGACACCACUAGGCUUUCUGUGAGGCCACGGAGAUCAUCUCAGGAAUCCAGCCCCAUUACACCAGACCCUCCAACGCCAACUACCAAAUUCCCAGAAGUAAAUGAGGGGUCAGUACCAAGCUCUGAGACAGGUUCAGAGGCACCAAGAAAGGCACUCAGCGGGCCCUGGGACUAUGCGUUACUCUGUGGCCUGGGUAGCUGUGUGCAGCAUUCUCCGAGUCUCCUGCCUGAUGAUGACGCUGGUCUGCCUCCGCUCCUUAUCACCACGGGGGAGGAAGAUGGAGGGGGUGUGUAUGAUUUGUUAGUGGAAGAGCGUCCUGCUGCCUGUCAGAUUAUGCUGCUCUUAGAGGAAGGAGGUCCAAGACCUUUGACAUUCGUGCUCAAUGCCAACCUCCUGGUCAAUGUGAAGCUGGCUGAGUGUUGUGGGCGGAAGUGCUGGUGUUUGAGCUCUAAUGGUCUUCAGGGAGUCGGACAGAGAGAACUUGCAUUCGUUAUAGAAUGUCUCCCUGAGGAGAACAGUCUGCCUAGAGACAUCUUUGGUCUUUACAUAAACAUAUACCAAGAUGCACAAAAAGGAAAAUAUAUUGAGGAACUUGGCAAUGUGACGUUUGCUGACAGUUUUCUGGGCAGUAAGGAACAUGGUGGCAUCCUCUUUGUCUCUCAGAGCUUUCAGUCUCUGGAUGGUCUUGGCUUGCCUCACAGUUUCUUCCUGUUUGGAGUCCUCAUUCAUAAGUUGGAGGUACCCUGGGCUAAAGUGUUCCCCCUCCGCUUAGUUCUCAGUAUGGGAAUAGAAAGUAAUGUGUAUCCGUGUCCUUUGGUCAGUGUGCGGUUCCGUGAACCUGUCUUCAGAGAGACGGGACAUACCAUCAUGAACCUGCUUGCAGACCUGAGAAACUACCAGUAUAGUUUGCCUGUGGUCGAUGCCCUGAGGAUACACAUGGAAGUAGGGAACAGCUAUAUUGACAUACCCAAGUCAAAGUUUAAUGAGAUGCUGAAAGUAGUGAAUUCUUCCAACGAGCAUGUAAUAAGUGUCGGGGCUUGCUUCAGUACUGAAGCAGACUCGCACUUGAUCUGUGUUCAGAACGAGGAUGGAAGCUACCAGACACAAGCCAACAGCAUUCAGGGAAAGACCAGAAGAGUGACCGGGGCGAGCUUUGUGGUUUUUAAUGGUGCUCUGAAGGCCUCUUCAGGAUAUAUUGCCAAAUCUAGUAUUGUUGAAGAUGGUUUAAUGGUGCAAAUCCCCCCGGAGACAAUGGAGGCUCUGCGCCAGGCCUUACAGGAUCAGAAAGACUUCCGAAUCACCUGUGGGAAAACUGACACAGCGCCAGAGGACAGAGAAAACGUCAACAUACGCUGGGUGGACUGGACGGCUCCCAACAAUACAGGCAUCAUCAGCCCUAUAGACGGGAAGUCUCUAGAAGGUGUGUCCAGUAUCAACGUCAAGCAGGACUCUGAGUUUGAGAUGGAUGGACGGACUAUAAAGUGCACUGAGGUGUUUUACCUUCUGAAGAAUCAAGACUGCUCUCAGUCUGCGGUUCUCAUCUCCUGCUCUCAGUUCCAAAGAGAGAUUUCCACUGCCAGCUGUGCAGCGCUGUGUCCUCACCUCUCUGUACUUAUAGCCAAUGGAAUUAACCAUCUUGCACUACGCGUCUCUACUGAUACUGACAUGGUUGAAUACCAAGCGGGUUCAGGCGGAAGCCUUCUGCCUCAGAAAUAUAUGAAUGAGUUGGAUGGAGCACUGAUCCCUGUUAUUCAUGGUGGAAGCUCCUGUGUCCCACACCAAGCCAUGGACAUGGAGUUCUUCUUCUACAUUACACAAACACUUUGAGUGUGCCGCAUGAGAGCAGACCCCUUUACUGACAGGGAUGUUAGUCCUUCUUUGAACCAAUUAAUAGCAAAGCUGGAUAAGCACAUCCAAAUAACUGAACAGACAUCCUACAUUCUGACAAGGUAUGGAAAGUUUUGCAAACUGGAUGUAAUUGAUGUUGGAGCUCAUUAAAGUUCUAAAGAAUGAGGUUGAAUUGAGGUCUUAAACUUUCCAAAAUUUGUACAUGAAUUCAUCUCUCAGUUCUGUUAAGCUUUUAUUAAGCUUAAAGACUAUUUUUGCAAUAGUUACACAUGUUAAAUAAAGAUUAUAUUUUUGAUAGGCCAUUCUGCUAGUUUUGCAGUCUCAUUGUCUUUUGAGGACCGUGAUUUUAUCAUACUCAUCCAUUAUACAUUCUUAAAUAAAAUGUUAAUGAUAGUAAUAAAACACUGAAAUGUAAAAGUUCAUAUACAGUAUAUUGCACAAUUAGAUAUAUCUUUAUUUGUUCCCAUUCAAUUGAAGUAGAAUUAUAUUAAGUUUGGUUAAUUAAAAUGGAGCAAAGUUUUCCAAACCAACUCCAUUACUCAUUUACACUACAAACUGUGGUUUUAAAUUAUAUUAUCUUUUUUCCAUAAAUACUGUUUUAUUAUUAAUUGUUUUUACUGAAUAUGUAUUUGACUUGAGUCAUAUCAAUUCAAGUGACAAGUAGUGUAGCUCUCACACAUCAUCCGGUCUGAUCUUUUAAGACCUUGCUAAUUUUAUGAUGACUUUUUUCUUUUCAUUUUGUCCCAACAUCACAGUAUUAACAUAUUACCACACUAUAACUCCUCAAGAAGAAACAUCUUUGUUUUGUUCCACCAUCUUGCCAUUUGCUGAAAAACCCUAAACUAUGUUGGCUUAUAAUGCAUUAGCAAAAAAACUCCUAGUGACACAGGAGACAAAAACUAAUGUCUAGUGAAUUAAUGCUUAAUGCAGCAGAUUGAUUAGCAAAUGUGAGCAAGCACACAGCAUGAUCGUGAGAAAGAACUGAUCAUACUACUGACAGGCUGACCAUUACAUUAGACUAAUAUAAAAUGGGAAGAGAACACUAUAGCAUAUUAGUAACAAAACAGUAUCUUUUUUGCAUAACCAAAUAAAUGAAAUGAUAGACACCAGUAACAUUGGAGGAAACUUAAAAAAGUGCCAAUAUGUUUUCUGCCACUUUAUGUAGUGACUUACAGUGAAAAGAGAAUGAUUUUCAUUUUGAAACUUAUUGAGCUAAAUUGCUGAGUGAGAGAGUAAGUGAAGAGAAGGGAGAAACAUGUUCUUGAAAACCAGCGUAAAAUGAAGUUCUUGGAUGCCAGCCAUCAACAGAUUCCAAAAUACAGAAUAUGCACUUUCAUAACAUGAACUUGAUGACCAAGAAGUGAUUGUAUGUUCUUAUUAGAUUUCAUGUAAUGUAUACUGCAUUUUUUUUUCUUUUUUGGUUUUCUUUUUUGGUUUGUUUGUUGUUGUUUUUUUGCCUGAAACCAAUUGUGAUUAUAUGGUGUAUAAUUCUACAUCCUGCUUUCUGAGAAGUGUUUUUUUUCAUGAAGCCAGAUAAAAGAGCCUAAUUAAGUCAAUAAAUUGUGUGCAUUUUCUUUA